UUCUAUUGAGAAGGCGGUAAAGCGGAUCCGGGUCGCGGGAAACGGUUAGGGCUGACCAACUACCUAUCACAUGCAGCAGCAAAUAACCGUCUCUCUCUAUUCUAUCUGAUCUCAAUGCCAUUUCCACACACACACACACACCAAUUUGCGCCGACGAGCUGAAAAAUGGCUGGAAACGACUGGAUAAACAGCUAUCUCGAGGCGAUCCUCGACGUCGACACCGGGAUCAAUGAUCAGAAAUCGUCUCUCCUGCUGCGGGAGCGCGGCCGCUUCAGCCCCGCCCAAUACUUCGUCGAAGAGGUCAUCACCGGCUUCAAUGAGACCGAUCUCCACCGCUCCUGGGUUCGCGCAUCAUCGAUUCGGAAUUCAGAGGAGAGGAAUACGAGGUUGGAGAAUAUGUGUUGGAGGAUUUGGACGUUGGCACGUAAGAAAAAACUGAUUGAGGGCGAAGAAGCACAGCGCAAGGCGAAGAAGCGCGUUGAUCGUGAGAAGGCCCGUAAAAACGCUGCUGCUGAUAUGUCAGAGGACUUAUCUGAGGGAGAAAAGGGGGAUGUAGUUGGUGAGAUGUUAGCUCACAGUGAUAGUAUCAAGGGAGGAAGAAUGUCGAGAGUUAGUUCUAUGGAUAUGAUGGCAAAUUUGGAUAAGAAGCUGUAUCUUGUCCUCAUCAGUCUUCAUGGACUGAUAAGGGGAGAAAACAUGGAACUUGGACGCGAUUCUGAUACGGGAGGCCAGGUUAAGUAUGUUGUGGAGCUAGCAAGAGCAUUAGGUUCGAUGCCAGGAGUUUAUCGUGUUGAUUUGUUAACGAGGCAAGUAAUGGCACCAGAUGUGGAUUGGACGUAUGGCGAGCCAACAGAGAUGCUAAAUCCGUUACCCGAGAGCCAAAUGGACGAAAUUGGGGAGAGCGGUGGUGCUUAUAUUAUCCGCAUCCCUUUUGGCCCUAAAGAUAAGUACCUCUCUAAAGAAGUUCUGUGGCCUCAUAUUCCGGAAUUUGUUGAUGGUGCACUCGGCCACAUUAUGCAGAUGUCAAAGGUCCUUGGCAAGCAAAUUGGCAGCGAGCGUCCCCUCUGGCCUAUUGCUAUCCAUGGACAUUACGCUGAUGCAGGGAACUCUGCAGCUCUUUUGUCUGGUGUUCUAAACGUGCCAAUGGUUUUCACAGGCCACUCUCUCGGACGUGACAAACUAGAACAACUUUUAAAGCAAGGGAGGCAGUCAAGGGAGGAGAUAGAUUCAGUAUACAAGAUUAUGCGGCGUAUUGAGGCUGAGGAAAUUUCUCUUGAUGUUUCUGAAGUUAUAAUCACAAGCACAAGACAGGAAAUAGAAGAGCAGUGGCGGCUCUAUGAUGGAUUUGAUCCUGUUUUAGAGCGCAAGCUAAGAGCCCGUAUCAAACGAAAUGUUAGUAGCUUUGGAAGGAUCAUGCCGCGGAUGGUUGUGAUUCCUCCUGGAAUGGAGUUCCGUAAUGUUUCUGUUCAAGAUAUUGACGGAGAAAUAGAUGGAAACGAGAGUUCUGGAGGUUCAGAUCCACCUAUUUGGUCAGAGAUCAUGCGCUUCUUUACCAAUCCGCGCAAGCCAAUGAUACUUGCUCUUGCUAGGCCAGACCCGAAGAAGAAUUUGAUCACUUUAGUCAAAGCUUUUGGAGAGUGCCGUGGCCUGAGAGAUCUUGCAAACCUCACUUUGAUCAUGGGAAACCGGGAUGAUAUUGAUGGAAUGUCUGCUACAAAUUCAUCGGUUCUCCUUUCCAUAAUCAAAUUGAUCGACAAAUAUGACUUGUAUGGUCAAGUUGCAUAUCCUAAACAUCACAAGCAAUCUGAUGUCCCUGAAAUAUACCGUCUAGCAGCCAAGACAAAGGGCGUUUUCAUAAAUCCAGCUUUUAUAGAGCCAUUUGGCCUCACCUUAAUUGAGGCAGCAGCUCGUGGUCUGCCAAUUGUUGCUACAAAAAAUGGAGGUCCUGUCGACAUUCACAGGGUUCUUGACAACGGCGUGCUGGUUGAUCCACAUGAUCAGCAGUCCAUUGCUGAUGCUCUUCUGAAGCUGGUUGCUGACAAGCAACUCUGGGCCAGAUGUAGGGAGCACGGAUUGAGAAACAUUCACCGUUUCUCAUGGCCGGAGCACUGCAGGACGUAUUUAUCCCGAAUAACCAGCUGCAAGCAGAGACAGCCAAAAUGGCAAAGGCCAGACAACCCAUACGCAGAUCCAGAACGUGAUUCUCCCGCAGGGUCCUUGAAAGAUAUCCAUGAUCUAUCUCUAAAUUUGAAGCUUUCAUUAGAUGGAGACAAGGCUGCAGAAGGGAUUCAGAAUUUAGUUAGCAAAGGCAAGGAAAGUGGUAAAAAACAGGUGAAGAGUGCACCAUUGAAGGUGUCACCAAAUGAGAAACAAGAAAACAGCAGGUCUCCUAAAUUGAACAUGAGGAAACUGAUCAUAGUAGUUUCUGUGGACUGUGAUUCAGUAGCUGAUGUUCUAGGUAUCACUAAGACCAUAUUUUCAGCCAAUCCCUCAGCCAAGGAUUCUCCCUCUACCGGCUUCAUCUUAUCCACAUCGUUUAGUAUAUCUGAAAUAAACAGCCAUCUUGACAAGGCUGGCUUGAAAGCCAGUGAUUUUGACGCUUUUAUCUGUAACAGUGGGGGUGAGCUUUACUUCCCAUCUCCAAGUCCGGAGAAGAGUUCUUCGGACUCAUUGUACUUAGAAGAUACAGAUUAUCAUUCUCACAUAGACUAUCUCUGGGGCGGAGAUAGCUUGAGGAAUAAUCUGGUGAGGUGGGCUGCUUCAGUGAAUGAGAAAACAAAAGAUGAUAAAGAAGGGCCUGUUAUCACUGAACUGGACUCGGGAUCUAGCCAUUGCUACGGAUUCAGCGUACGCGAUCCAGAAUUGGUUCCUCCUUUCAAGGAAUUGAGGAGAUUGAUGAGAAUUCAGGCCCUUCGAUGCAAUGGCGUGUACUGCAGAAGCGGGGAAAGGAUAAAUGUGGUUCCGGUGCUUGCUUCUCGAGCUCAAGCCCUUAGGUAUCUGCAUGUUCGAUGGGGCAUGGAGUUGUCGAAAGUAGUGGUGUUCGUAGGAGAGUUGGGAGAUUCGGACUAUGAGGCAAACUUUGGUGGAAUGCACAAAACUGUAGUUCUAAAGGGAUAUUGCAAGAGUGCAGAAAAGAUUCACUCCAGCAGCAGCUAUCCUCUCCAACAAGUUCUGCCUACUGAUGAUCCAAACACUCUCCAAUGCCAAAAAUCUGACGUCGAUGGAAUCAAAGCAAUACUUACCAAACUAUCGCAGCUCAAAUAAUGUUUUUUCCACUAAAAACCGAUUUCUCUAUUACAAUUUCAAUUUUUUUAUUUUUGUAAUAAGUAUAGUAGUAUUUUGUUA